GUUAGUGGUUGUUGGCAGGAUAGUUUCUCCGGCUAACAUUUCAGGAUCUUAGCAACCGCUGCCUGUCAUGGCAACACAAUUUGUUUACUUAACCACCUAUCCCAACAUUACUAAAAAAAAUUUCAAACAAACGGAUUUGAAAAGUGCUAAAGAAAUCAAUCAGUUACGAGCGAAAAUGGUGAAUUUUGUGUAUCCGGAGGAAAUGUAUUUGUUUGUGGAGAGCAUUCGUCCAUUUGAUGUGCGCGACGUGGGCAGCACCAAGUGGCUGGAGGUGCACGAGAUGAUCAUCAAGUUGAGCCAGCAGGCAUGCCUGGAGUUGGCCCAGAAUCGCGAGGAGGAGGUCAAGGAGUUCCUCAUCUCACGGGACAAGCUUCGCCUGCUAAUCCACGAGGCAUAUUGCGUGACCCUCUGGAAGACCCGAGUGCUGCCGCAUCUUUUAGAGAUCGAUCCCAAUCCUCAAGCCACUUUUCUCAUCUACACGGUGCUCUACCACGAGGCUGCUUUGGUAUCCCUCCUGGAUGUUUGCCUCUACCAUCCCAGUGGCUGUGAGACGUUGCAGGAGUCGGUGCUCGAUUUGAUUGACUAUUGUGCCCAGGCGGUCUCCCAGGUUAUUGGUCUGGUCAGCAUGGGUUAUCACGAGAACGAGUCCAAGCUGGAUGUGGAUGAGGCGGUGCUCACAGAGCUGGAGCGCCAAAAACGCGACUUUAUCUAUAAGAUUGGGCUGCGAUGCAUCUCUGUAUUGAAUUAUCUGGCGGAUAAUGUGUCACUGUUUCACCUGAGCGCCGCCCGUCGCCUCCUGGUGACCCAUGACAUUCCCUGGCUCAUGGUGGAUGUCUUGUCUUUCCGACCCUGGCAGAGGAAGACCAGCAAGGGGCUGCAGAAGUUCAUCGAUGAGAAGUGGACCAAUGUGGAUGAUGCCGCCAAGAUUGUCAAGCCGGAGGCUCAGGCCUGGUUUUGUGUGCGCCAGCUUCUCCUAAAUGCACAGAUCAUGGAGAACUAUACUUUGAAUGAGGCACGCUGCAAGCAGUUGAGCAAGCUGUUGGGCCUGAUGCACGAGACGCUGAUGGACCAACUGCCACCGCUGAUCGAACUCAAGAUGUUCCUCAGCCGCCUGACGCUCAGUGGUAACACGGCCAAGUCGCAGAUUCUGCUGCUGGAGGACAUCCCGCAGAUCCAGGAGGAGCUGAUGAAGGAGGUGGAGCGGUGCGGCGGCUUCUACCAGAUUGCUCAGGAUCAGGACUCUGUGUUUCUCAGCAAAAACAAGGAAGAUAUCUGCGCUAUGGCCAGUCGCCUGAGCAAAGCCUACGGCACAGACUUACUCUGCGAGUUGGAGCAGAACAUGGAUGAUCUUAAAGUGGAGGAGCCAAAGGAUUGCGGAGCUGGGGGCGAUGGAGGAGUGGAGCAUAACUGUGCCUCUUGCCAGGAAAAGGCCAAAAAGAAGUGCGCCAACUGCAAGCAAGUGCACUACUGCUCUCGAGACUGUCAGCUCAAGGAUUGGCCGCAACACAAGCUCGUCUGCCUUAAGAAUUAGUUAGAUCCCAGUGUUAAUUACACAUACGCUUGAUUAAUAUAGAACAUUCCAAAAAUGUAAAAGG